CACUUCAUCACUCCAGAUCCAGGUCACCCCGGGGGCGGAGCUGCACUGUAGAGCCGCUUUGGACGCAUUUUUGGAUACGCAUCGCCUUCCUCGCGACACAGUCGUGAUCUGCCUGGUUCUCUGGAGGUUUCGUUGCUCUUCAGACUGAAAUUAGCCGAGAAAACAGAAAACAACCCUUUCCAUCACUCUGUUCACCAUGGGAGCGGAGAACUCGAAGAGCCAGGAGGAUGCGUCAACCUCAGCCUCCGCCGGGGAGCUGAGCGCGGAGGUGAAGCUGCUCCAGGAGGAAGGAGGCGCCCUUGACACCAAGGCUUUGCAGAAAAAUGGACAGAUCUCCAGCAUGAACAGCCUUAAUGGACACUUGGAGGACAACACCCUGUCAGAAGUUGGCCAGCCUGAUGCUGUGUCUCAAAAGGAGGAGGCUACUGAGAAUACAGUCAGCACCCAGGAGGAAGUGGCUCCUCAAGUGAAUGGCGAGAAGGUGGAGAAAGAGUCUCCUGAUGCCAACGACAUAUCUGCUGUUGAGGAGACAGCAGGGGAGGAGAAACCUGAUGAUGCCACUGAGGUUGGCUUCAAGAAGAUCUUCCGCUUUGUGGGCUUUAAGUUCACACUGAAGAAGGACAAGAGUGAGGAGAAAGACCCAGUGAAGCUGUUGAAUGUCAAAGAUAAAGAUGAAGAGAAGGUUAGUGAUGAACCUACAAAGGAAGAGGAGGAGGCUGUUGCUGCUGAGGAAAAGAGCACAGCUGAAGAGAAGGAGGCUGACACAGAGGCACCUACUCUUGAGGCAGGAGUUGCUGAAGACACAACUGACAAAGCUGAAACUACAGAUGCCCCAGCUGAAGAAUCUGCUGCUGAAAAUACUGAUGAAGCAGUCAAGGAAGAAGGAGCUGAGAAGGAAGCAGAGACCAGUCAGGAGACAACUCUGACCAUGUCACCCUUAAAAAAGCUCUUCAGUACAGGCCUCUUCUCUAACCUGAGAAAGAAGACCAGCAUUAAGAAGACAAGAGAUGAGGAAGACAAAGAGGCAGCUGCUGAGGAGAAGACAGAGGAAACUGCUGCAGAAGUGGAGGAAAAGGAGGUGACAGUUGAGGCAGAGCAACAAAUCAAGGAGGACGCAUCAGUUACUCCAGAGGAAGAAAAAUCAGAGGCAACUCCAGAGUCUGAAACCCCUGCUCUUACAGCAGCUAUCACUGAUGAGAGUAAACAGGAGGAGGAAAAAGUAGAAGCAAGCACUGAGGAGGAAAAGGCUCCUGCAGAGGUGACCUCUGAGGCCGAGCUGCUAUCAUCACAGGAGAAGGCAAAGCCCCAGGGUAGCCCCCUGAAGAAGCUCUUUACUGGUGCUGGCUUGAAGAAGCUCUCAACAAAGAAACAGAAGACCAAGAAAGACACUGAGAGCAAAUUGACUGAGUCUGGAGAGCAAGCAGCUGAGCAACUUCAGUCCUCCACUGAUUCUGCAGAGGCUCCUAAAGCUGAGAGUGGACCUUCAUCCCCAGAGGAGUCGGGAGAGCAUGUCAUUGCUGUGGAGGUGACCCAGAAUGAAUCAAGCCAAGAAGCUGACGCCGAAGUUACCUCUGAUGGAGAGAAGAAGAAAGAGGGAAUCAUUGCCUGGUCCUCCUUCAAGAGACUAGUGACACCCAAGAAGCUUGUGAAAAGGUCCUCUGAUAGUGAGGAUGAAGCCACAGGUGAGAAACCAGCAAAAUCAGCCACACUGUCCUCUUCUGAGAGUGCUGCAUUAACAGAUAAUAGUGUUGAGGAAGAAGCAAAGGAGGAAAAGCCAACAGAAGAAGAGCCAAAGACUGAAAACACUGAGAAACUGGUCAGUAGCACAGAGGAGCCUAAAAAGAAAAUGGACACAUCCGUCUCCUGGGAGGCCCUGAUGUGUAUGGGUGGAACCAAAAAGAGGACAAGAAGGACGUCUGAUUCUGAUGACGAGGAGACCAAGGUUGAAGAGGAGGCAGCUGCUGUAGAAACAGCUGUAGAAGAAGAACAGGAGGCAAAAACUGAGGCUGAUGCUGCCAACUCCCAAAACACAGAAAGUGAAGCCGAAGUUGUUUCCUCUCCUGAGCCUGUAAGCAGUCCCCCUGAGAGAGAAUCCACCUGGGACACACUGAAACGCAUGGUCAUGCCAAAGAAUAAGGCCAAAGUUGAGGAAAAGCCUGAGGAUAAUGGAAACCAAGUCCAGUCAGACAGUGAAGCACCAAAAGAUGAGUCAUCUUUCUCUCUGAGGAAGUUCUUCCCCGGACUCAGGAAGAGGAAGGUUGAAAAGCAAGACUCUACUGAACAAGGUGAAGAGGACUCUGACACUCCUGCUGUUGUUCCUCUCUCAGAGUAUGAUGAGCAAGUUGAGGCUACACAGGAAGCACCUGCAGAAUCAGCUCUAGUCGAGAGUACAGGGUCCUCUGAAGAUAGAGCCCCUUCAUGGAUCUCAGCCACCAUCGAAGAUGCUGAAAAUCAACAUGAUCAGCUAAGCGACAUCCCAGAAGAGGCAGAGAAUGCUGCCACGCCAAAGUCAGCUGACACUGAUCUUGCUGAUGAUGAAAUUCAGGACGAUGCUACAACCUCCCCUAGAGCUCUUGGUGGCAGGGGGCGAAGGCUGUCCACAGCUGAAGUAGCAUCUGUUGCUCCUGCUCCAGAUGCUGAAGCCACCCUUGUUCCUCCAAAAUCCAUAACUCAAUGUGCCACCGAGGUUAUGGAGGCUGCUGAGGUUCAUGUAAGUGAAAUUUCACCCCAGACAUCUGUGGCUGUUGAAGAUGUUCUAUUAAAUGUAGCUUCUGAAAAAAACGAGUUUGAGCCACAAACGGAGACUUCAGAGACGAAGACAAACACCAUCCUGCAGGUACAUGCUCGUGAUGAGGCAAUGGCUAUUUGUACUGGCCUAGGCACCAAAACGAUUGCCAAAGUAGCUCUGGAAAAGCCUGCAGUUCCCCUCAUUGAGGAUAUGGCUGUGGUCCGUGACGCAUUGAGCACAGAGGUUUUAGUGGAAGAGAUACCAGCAGGUCAAGAGCAAGCCACUGCUACAGAAGAUUUAUUGUUAAAGGCCCAAGUUCAGGAGGUAGCAACCACUGACCUUGAGCCUUGCGUUAAUUCAGUGGUUGAAAGUGUAGACAUUAAAACUGCCGCUGAGAGUCAGGAACCUGAGAUAGAGAACAUUGGAGUCAUUACAACUACUCUAGAGGAAUCUCUGGUCCUUCAGUCCACCACUGUGACUGAGAACUCCCCAAAAGCUGAAAUAAUCAAUCCAAUUACACCAACGUCUGAAACAGCUGUCUGCACCCAGAGUGUGGAAGUGUCUGAGCCAAAAGUCGAGACCAAGGAAUUGAAAAUGGACAUGGAACAGCUUGUUGCUGCCACGGAAGAAAAUGCACCCAUCAAAGAGGUUGUUCAGGUUGUAACUGAAGAGUUAGCCGUCACUGUAUGUGAAAAAGCAAAGGCCUCUAUCACAGAGGAGACUGAGCCAGAAAUCCCAGUGGUCUUGCCAAGUGAGGAGGUUCCUAUUAUCACACAAACAGUCAUUCUCACCUCACUCAGUCCUGAGUCUGACCAAGUGGCAGAAAUCAAGGAGGAGGCUAAAGUUGUAGACACUGUUAAGGUCACAACUGUUCAGGUCCUGGAGACAGAGAUCAGUGCAGUCAGUGAACAGGUGACAAGUGAUAUCGAGGCUCAAGGUGUGGUCAUAAUGGAUGCUGUGGAUAAAAUUUCAGACAUGCCUGAACCCGAAAAGCCUGCCACCCCAACAUUUACCAUCCCAGAACCAGUCCAGGCAGUAGCUAAAAUAGAGGAAGAGAUUGUGGUCCUGACCGAGAGCCCUCUUAUCACUGACACCCCUGUUACAGCCUUAUGUGAACAACCAGCACCGAAGUCACCUCGGCCACUUCAUGUUGCCACACAGGUUGUUGACACUUUGGCAAUAGAGGUCACGGAGAGCCUUGAUUCCCUUCAACAGGAAGAGGACAAGAAGGCCAUUGAUAUAAAAGUAAAUGAAGAAAUCGUUGUGUUGGAAGAAGUCAUGGAAUGUCAAACUGGUGAAGAGCUUGACGAGGUUGAGAAGGAGCAGCGCAAAGAGGAAGCAGAGAAUCAGGAACCAGAUGUAGAACAAGCAGCCAAGGAAGUGAAAACACAAGUAGAGGAAACAAAGCCUGAGGCUCCUUCAAAGAACAAAGAAUCAGAGAUCCACGUGCCAGCCCAGGUGGUCCUGCAGAUUGCACAGGUGGUUGAGGAAGCAUCAGUGGAAGAAGAGGCAAUUGAAGAGUUUGACAGCAAUGGUCCAGUGGAUAAAAACACCAGCGUGAAGGCAGAGGCAAGUGCAAACAAACUCGCAACACUGACAGAAGAAGCAUCAGAGGUCCCCAGUCAAGUCACAGAGGCAGCAGCAGCAGCAGCAGCAGCGAGCCAGCCAGAUACAGAGAAGACAUCAUCAGAAAAGUGUGCAGAGGUAAUGGCACAGGUGAUCGAAGUGAUAGAGGAGGCUGUGAAGGAGAUCGAGCCUGUGUCCACAGAGAUCAUAGCAGCAUCGUGAGCAGCUGAAGAUACAAGACUAGUGCCUGGGAGACACACACUGUCUGGACCAGGAAGUGAGUGAUAGUGGAGAGAGGCUGCUCUGUGGUAACAUGCUGAGACUGGGCCCCGCCCAUCCUGCUAAGAGAGACUGAGUCUGACUGAGCGACAACUGCUCCGCCAUUCUCCCCAAACCCCCUCCACCUGUACUCCCCGGCCCCAUCCUGCAGCCCCGUCACAACAACGUGACGCCCCACUGACAUGUCCUCACCCCCUCACCCACUCUCUCUCACACACACGCGCAUGUCCUAUGCCUCAGAAGCGUCCCAUCCAGCUUGUAAUCGGUGUGAUAUAUGUUCAGUGUCUCAGUGACUUUCCAUUGCCCUUGCUGCAUAAGGCGAGAGAAUCUGCAACCUGGUCGAGUGUGUGUGUCUGCAGGUGUGUGCGUGUGCGUGUGUGUGUGACUGUAUGUGUGUAGUAGCGAGUGUGAGAUUGUGUUAGAAGGUGAAGAGAUGGAGGAUUAUUAUCUUGUGUAUUGUAUUUAUAUCUUGAGUUUCAUUCACCCUAAAGUCUUUAUUCCCCCUCCCCCCACCACUCUAUUUUGUUAUUGUAUGGACAGUGUUACCUAUUUUUAAAAACAUAUAAAGCUGUGAAACAUUAGGUGUUCUUUUCAGCAACACGAUCGUGAAUAGAGAAAUGUCUAUUCGAGCGAAAUUUACCAAAACAAAUGUGAAACUGUUGCAUAAAAGUGUCUUGUGUAUCACAGCUUUCUUUUCUGUCAUAUUCAAAGAUUAUUUCAAGUAUCUGUAGCAAUUACAACUAUACCAUGGUACAAGUGUGAUUCCUCUGACAGUAAAGUGACGACACUGACUUUUGGCACAUUCUUUUUGUCACAGUGUGUCCAUAAUUCUGCACCCUAUCAAAAAUACAUGAUAAGCUCCAUUUAGAUGAGAAGCAACCACUGCCUGAUUCACUGUGAAAUAAACUGUUACACAUUGUUCCAUGUAAUAAUAAUAAUAAUAAUACAAUAAAAUACUAUUAUAAGACCAUCACUUGGCAGAGAUCAUGUGUACAGAAUACACGUUUAACACUGGACGAGUCAAACUGAGGAGACGCAUGCAUCUAAGGAAUGAUCACAAAGUAAAUCAUGUUACUAUAAGACAUAUAUAUUUCAGUGUACAUUUCCUGAUGAAAAGAAAGUGUGAUGAUGCCCCCUGUUGCCUACAAAAAGUAAUACACCCUUAAUUCUUCUGUCAUUUGACUUCAUCUGUAUGUUUUAACUAGAGUGACAGCAUCUGAGAACUGCACUUUUUUUCAUGUCCUUCACCAGUCCUUGACGGCUCGUUUCACCAAACAGGCACAAGGCACAGUGUAGACUCACUUAGUUAUAGAUGCAGAGAGACUGCAUUGUACCAUAAAUAACAGCAAGAGUUACUCUUGAUUUAAAAGCCAAAUAGAGUUGAGAUCAAUCAGGGAGUCACAGUAUUUUCAUUGCUCACAUGAUUGAUUGUGUUGUUUGAUUUGUUGGCAUUCACUCGGCUUCUGUGACACACCAAACAAACCUAAAGAAGGGGAUGUUUCGGGAUGAAAGGAAAGCUGAAAAAUGCCAUGGUUCUGUUUUAGCACAUAAAAAAAAUGACAAUGGAAUAUAUUUGCAUUCUCUUAUUUCCCUGCCAAAUUUGACAAAGUUGCACUGUCAAUCUUAAAAAGAUGUCUUGAGAAUUAAUGGUGAGUGCUUCUUAAAUCCAUUGACUUUAAUUUGAUCACCCAUUUUUCCACUUCAGUAUUGUGACAAGCGAGAGAAAGGAUCAGGGAAGUACCGGCACCAUGUUAGUCAUCACUUCCUUUUACUUGUGACUCCAGAGGGUUUAUACACACCCACGACUGGUGUUUUAUGUAUAAUAAUUGAUUUGAAAGAACGACAGAGUGAACUAAUGAGGGCACUCGCUACCACCUUGAGUUCCCCCCAUGCUUUUUGUAACACUUAACUGUGAACAUGUUAACAUUUGUACAGAUUGUAUACCAUACUGUGUAACCAUAUUGUUGUAAUAUUAACUAAUAAUCUGCAGACAUUCAGCAUAAUAUUCAUGUAGCAUGGUCUUAAUUGUCUUUUAUAUUUUCCAAGCUGUUAAUAGUAAGGAUACAGAAACUUAUCUAUAUUUCAAUCAAUAAAGGUAGAGAAAACCAA